AUGGCUUCCAGGCAAGCAGCAGGAGCCCGCCCGGGCGCAAAGUUCGCCCAGUUCAAGCUCGUCCUUCUUGGAGAGUCCGCCGUUGGAAAGGACCAAUUCGAUGAUUACCGCGAGUCCACCAUCGGAGCCGCCUUCCUGACACAGACCAUCUCCCUCGAUGAUAGCACCACAGUCAAGUUUGAAAUUUGGGAUACUGCUGGACAGGAGCGGUAUAAGUCGUUGGCCCCGAUGUACUAUCGAAAUGCCAACUGCGCUGUGGUUGUCUAUGACAUCACUCAAGCUUCAUCGCUAGACAAAGCCAAGUCAUGGGUGAAGGAACUCCAACGCCAAGCGAAUGAAAACAUUGUGAUUGCCCUGGCAGGCAACAAGCUUGAUCUUGUCACAGAGAGCCCCGAUAAACGAGCGAUCUCCGAGGCCGAUGCAGAGGCCUAUGCACGCGAAGCGGGUCUGCUCUUCUUCGAAACAUCUGCCAAGUCAUCGAUUAAUGUCAAAGAAUUGUUUACCGCCAUCGCCAAGAAACUGCCUCUGGAUCAGGCCAAUCCUCGGAACUUGCGGGCGACCCCUCGGCCCGGUGUCGAUUUGCGACCAGAAGCCCCUGGUACUCAAGGUGCUGGUGCAUGCAAUUGCUAA